AACUAGUACAGAAUAUCUAUGAUUGAUCGAAACAACAACCCUGAAUUGGAAUUCUCAUUUUCAUUUAGCAAUUGUCUGGUAAAACUUGGUUAGUGUUUGAUCUAUUGUAGCUUGAUUGGAAUAAUAUUAUUGUUGGUGAUGAGCAACAAGCAGCCAGUGAAGCUAGACGACGACCAAAUAGCCGACCUCCGCGAGAUAUUUCGGUCGUUUGACCGGAACAACGACGGCAGCCUGACCCAGCUGGAGCUGGGAUCGCUGUUACGUUCACUUGGGUUGAAGCCGGGACCAGAUCAGCUGGAUACCUUGAUCCAGAAGGCAGACACUAAUAGUAAUGGUCUGGUGGAGUUCUCGGAGUUCGUGGCGCUGGUGGCGCCGGAGCUGGUCUCGGCUAAGUCACCCUACACGGAGGACCAGCUGAGGCAGUUGUUCAGGAUGUUUGACAGGGAUGGCAACGGCUUUAUCACCGCGGCGGAGUUGGCUCACUCCAUGGCCAAAUUAGGGCAUGCCCUCACGGCAGAGGAGCUGACGGGGAUGAUCAGGGAGGCGGAUACAGACGGUGAUGGGAGGAUCAAUUUUCAGGAGUUUGCUCACGCUAUCACUUCUGCCGCUUUUGAUAAUUCUUGGGCUUAA